AUGCCUCGUAGAAAGGCCAACGACCGCACGGGUCCAGUGAAGACCCGUAGUCGCGAAGGAUGCUCCGAGUGUCGCGCAAGUCGUGUGCGUUGUGACACCAAAAAGCCAGCCUGCACCAGAUGCCAGGAGCGAGGACUAACCUGUUCGACCAAGGUGGUUCUGAAGUGGGAGUCAGAAUUUGCCAGUCGCGGCCAGGCUUUUGGAAGGGCUGGGGUUUGGAGCAAAUCCAAAGCUGCCGGAAAUCUAUCCACACCGUCGCCUUCCAGCUCGAACGCUUUUUCGUUUCGCGAGCAAGAAUGGUGUCUAAUUCCCCGGGUGGAGGCUUGGAACUUCAUAAACAGUUUAACGGAUGCUUUUCGGCAGCCGUACCAGGUCACGCCUACAGAGGAUGAUCAUGCUCUUGUUAGUACUCGGAGGAAUCGAAUGAAAUCUUCUUCGUCCUAUGGACUCGGAUUAUCGACGAUACAGUUAGCCACACCGCUGCCAUCUUUAUCAGUCCUCCCGCAGUUCUCUGGAUCAAUUCGAGGGCACUUGUUCGAUUAUUAUGUCCAACGGAUAUGCCCUCGGACAAUUGCAAGUGCCAACACCCCAUCACCACUCGCAUCGAUAAUCAUACCAUUUAGCACGACAGCAUCCGAGACAGUCUCAAAUGCGAUAUUGGCCUUAGGAGCAUGCGCCCUCUCGCUAGACGAUCCGAAGUACUGUGCUCUGGGACUUCGUCUCAAAUCCGAAGUCUUGAAAGGUCUCCGCUAUAGGUUGACCGCUCCUGGAUCGCUCGUUUCCACCUCGGAUCCCGAGAUUCUGGUUGUUAUGAUGCUGCUAUGUCUCUAUGAACUUGUUGAUCAUUGCGACCAGCGCUGGAUUGUUCACUUAAAGGGCGCAAAGGAGCUCAUCCGCUUCAGAAGGCAGCAAGCUGCUUCAACACCACGCCAGCAAGAAGUUGCUACCUUCGCCGAACGGUUUUUUGCCUUUCAGGAUAUCAUGGGCCGUACCGCUUGUGGCGAACAGCCCCUCUUUGGUACCGAUCACUGGCAGCACAAUGAGCGCAAAAUUGAUCCUUGGAUGGGAUGCAGUCCAGAAUUGGUUUCAAUACUGUCAGACAUUACCGAGCUAAGUAGGACAAGGCGACAACUGGCUUCGAAUUCAGAUCAUGCGGCGCUUUCAACAAAGUCGGCAGCUCUAUGUCGACAACUUGAAGAAUUGAUCCAGGACGUGGAAGAAGAGGAUGCAGCCCUUCAAGCCAUUGCUGAAAUGAAACGGCUUGCUGCUGUACUAUAUCUGCACUGCGCACUGAAUGACGCCUCGCCCACCACGCCGCUCGUGGUUGAGUAUGUCCGAAAGAUACUGAGGCUUGUCUCGGAUAUGCUUGAUGCGGGAACCUAUGUAGGCCUGGCAUGGCCUGUUUUCGUUGCUGCCGUUGAACUUGAUCCGCUCAACGAUGAGCUCUGGAAAGAUGCGAACGGGGAUGAAGUGUGCGGGCGGCCGUUGAUCCUCCGCGCACUGGCUGCCAUGUCAGAAUACAACGUCCUAAGUGUAGCUCGUACCAGAGCUGUGAUUGUGAAGGUAUGGCAAGUUCGUGAUAAUGUGCUGACCCCGUCAUUGGGCGAUUCCUCGGAUAAUGAUUGGGAGUGCUAUGUUGCUCCUUUCAGCAAUGCAAUGAGCCUAGCAUAGUGGUAAUAUCUUAAUGAAUUGAAAUGAUAUGAAU